CGAAGCAAUAGAUAUUUGCUGUUUCAGAGUUUUAGGCUGAAUGCUAACAUUUUGGCUAAUGUAGAACGAAGUCAGCUGUCGCCAUGGUAACGCCGAAAAAAGCCGUUUACUACCGUGCUGUAAAGUAUUUAAAGUAUUUCUAAACCCUGAUUGGAAACAGGAAGUACAGCUGAUGGACUAUUUCUAUAUAAUAGUUCGCAUGUUCGUGUAGCUGACUUGUUAUUCCGCGUCCUGUUUAAAGAGAUUACCGACUGUUACGAUAUACUGUUUAGUACAGCAGUAUGAAACCUUCUGUGUGUUGUCCAACCUCUGAAUAAAAUCUGCAGGCCGAAACGGCUGAAUGACUCGGUGUGACGAAGAGUGAGCAACACUAAAACAGGACACUGACUGUGAAUGACAGUGAGACACACAGCGAGCGUGAGAUGGAGGAAGCAUACACAGCUUUGUAUCAGGAGUUCCUCCGAUUGCAGUUACUGUGUCUAAAACAGGCUAAAAUGUUACAGCACCUGACCGAGGCACUGAGAAGACAACAAGGUGUGGCUCCGGUCUUUAAUGGGAAUGUUGAAGAUUUGUAUUCUGAGCCAGUUCAGUACAGACAUGAUGGAUUCACCUGUGCAGAAGGCCGAGCACAAGCGGCUCGUGCAUACACCUGUGCGGCUCAAACACACACACCUGCUUUACACCCUGCAGGUAUUACAGGUGAUUCUGUGGUUUCCCCACUUGCUGGAGAUUUGAACAGACUGCACAUGGAACCUGUGCAGGAGAAGGUGGAGAUCAAGGGAGCGACGUCGGGGUCGGAACAGUGUAAGACGGAGGAGCACAGUAUUUUGGAUGAGUUACGACAGAUUGAACAGCACUGGCACAGCAGCCAAACACACAAACAACAACGGCGGCCGUGGUCAUCAUCGUUCCUGACCAGCGAGAUGCUGAGUGAUGCAGGUGGGAUGCUGAUGUCCCGCGUCACACUGCACUCUCAGGUGUGUGAGUUCUGCCAUGCCGUGUUUCCCGGACACACCACUACCAGGGGAGAUUUCCUUCGCCAUCUCACUACACAUAUUUCUUGACAUUUUACAGUAGCCUAAGAAUGAUGCGAACACUUCGUACAUUAUAGAUGAGUCUGUUACAUUUGGACAUGGGACGGUUUAUGUUAAAGGUUUUAAUCCUGUGUGAGUAAUUUAAAUCAUUUUAUUUCAAGCAUUAUGUUUAUUAAUGCCUCUGUUAUCUUUAAAAGAACAAAAUAAUCUGAUUAUUCAAAUGUAAAAUGCUAAAUAUCAGAAAGCUUAGCUAAUUAGCUAAAACAGUUUUGCCAGUUUGAGUUGAAUAUUACAUUAUUAAUUUAUGUGUAGAUUUACGUCAUGUGUAGAAAUAAUGCUAUCCUGCACUUAUACUGAACUAAUGUAAGUGUAAAUACCAGAACAAUUUCUUUCUGCACUAAACUAACACUGACACCACUGUAUAUCACACUAUCAGUAGUUACUGUUGUUCAAGUGUUUCUGCUAAAUACAAAAGUAUUUCCUCUCUGUGUCUGCAUUUAAACCCUGUGUACAGUCUGCACGUAUUCAAAUAAUAUACUGGAUCUAAUUAUUGCUGUAA